AAGUCAUCCACCGACAUCAUCGAGGUCGGCGCUUAACUCGGGCUGGCUGGGGUUGCGCUUAUGGCGUUUAACUCGGGCUGGGGUUGCGCUUAGGUUAACCGCGGGCGGAGGAGGUUGCAAUUGAGGGUGGGGGUGGGGAACCAAGUCGACGCGUGCACGUGAACUGCAACGGGUGACUGAAGCGGCCCACCUGCAUGGCGGCGUACGGCCGUGGUUGUCUGCGUCGAAAGCGGAAGACGUCAACAGAGACGAGACGAGGAGAUGCCAUGAGCUCAGCUCUCCUCCUCCGCUUCUUCCAAAGCACUCACUUCAACUCAUUCCUCUGCGUUGCCUAUCUGUCCCGCUAUGCGACGAGCCCGGGUAUCGCAUACUACCUCUGUACUCGCUUACGAGGCUUCAAUAAUGAGGAGAUCGAGUUCUUUCUUCCGCAGUUGUGUCAUCUGUUGAUCUCGGAGGAUGCGGAUAUUCAUGCUUUGGAGGACUUUAUCGUUGAUCUGUGUGAGCGGUCCGUGCAUUUCGCGUUGUCGACGUUUUGGUUGUUGCAAGCGCAUCUUAUUGAUCUGGCGUUGAUGCCUAAUACCCCAUCUUUCCGACGGUGCCGAAGAAUAUUCAAUACAGUUCAGACGAUCGUGUUCCGAGAUGCCGCACCACCGACUUCAACCAAGAAGGAGAAGAUCAAGGAACACCCGCUACCCGCAUCUUUCCUCGCCGGGCUUAUGAUGGGAGCGGUCGGUAUGCCAGUGUUACCUGGUUUGGGUGGACCACCCGCCAUGAUGCAGGCUAGGGACACGACACCGUGGGGUGAAGAUAGGAUCACGCAGAUACAGCAUGCGCCGACUGCACCGGCGAGGAUGUCGUCUCCGUCAAGUCGGGCGCAUUCACCGAUUGUUGGGGACGAACUCGACUUUUCUUCACCAAGAAAACCAUGGUCAUCGCUACGGCCGCCAUUGCGCCAUGCAGCUGCAUCUUCGUCUUCCCCUAACGUCAACCGCAGCUUGUCGUAUGCCUCCAUGCGAUCGUCAUCCUCGACAUCAUUAUCAAACCACAAGAAAAACCAAGCCCAUUUCGAAGGCAUCCUCUACUCCGAGUAUUUCCGGUCUGAGAACCAACUCCUCCUCGCCUUGCAGAACAUCUCUGCCAAGCUGGUGCCCGUACCCAAAUCUGCUAGAUUGAGUGCACUGCGGACAGAGUUGGCUUUGAUUAACACGGACCUGCCAGCGAUGGUUUGCAUUCCGUGUAUGUGCAGUGCAACGCCGGCGUCGCCUGUGCAUCAUCGAGUCGUCCGGAUUAAUCCUGCCGAAGCAACGGUGUUGAAUAGUGCUGAACGUGUACCGUUCCUGAUCACGGUCGAAGUACUGGAAGAAGACAUGGAUUUCGAUGGGAGCUCGGCGAAGAACAGAAAAGAGGUACAAAAGAUCAUGCAGAACGGCGGACAAAAUCGACGGAGGUUAUUUGAUUUGUCACAGUUGAAUGAUGACGAUCUCUUGAAGUCCGCGGUUGAUACAUCUGUGAUGGAGGUGAGCAACGAGCCUAUUGAAUCCGAUUACGGGGAUAUAGGAAUUUCGCCGUUACACCAGACUGAAGCUGCGCGUGAGGCGAUGUUUAGGAAUGUGUUGAGUGGUGGACCAUCUCGGGAUCGGUCGUAUUCUGCUGCAGACAUUUUUGAUCCUGUGUCGGCCAAGUCGUCAACGACGUCGCUGAGUCGGGCAUCUCUUGGGACGUACGCGCUUAGUGAUGAUCGACCGGCGGAUGCCAUGAAUCUAUCAUCGAUAGCGACGCGGAUGAGAGCUGCUGCCACAAUGCUUUCACAACUUGAUGCGGGUGGAGGCAAAAGACCUAAAGCGGAGACAGCAGCUAUCAAAGCCAAGAUCGUAGCCGAGAUGGAGAGUCUCUUUCCCGAGGGUAUGGAAGCAUCACUCGUCGUUGCGGAUGGUGGUCGACUCGAGAACGAUCUGAACAAACAAGGUGGUGCCGGCGUCGCCAAGCAAAUCACGAAGGAAGACCCAAGUGCCGCUCUUUUCGGUGAAGACUGGACAAAGAAGAAGGAGAGGAUUAGGGCUGCGAGUCCGUAUGGACACCUACCUAACUGGGAUGUGUUCAGUGUUAUUGUCAAGACUGGAGCGGAUUUACGACAGGAAGCGUUCGCGUGUCAGUUGAUUGAAGCAUGUCAGAGGAUUUGGCAGGAUGCAAAGGUGGACGCAUGGGUACGGAAGAUGCGGAUCAUGGUGACUGGGAAUGAUGGCGGGUUGAUCGAGACGGUGACGAAUGCGAUCAGUGUUCAUUCAAUUAAGAAGACGCUUGCGACGGUUGCGGCUGCGACACAGCCAGGUAAGGUUAUUUCCUUGAAGGAUCAUUAUGUCAAGACGUUUGGGGAGCCGGGGACGGAGACGUAUGUCGCUGCGCAGGAUGCGUUCUUGAAGAGUCUUGCGGCGUACUCUGUCAUCAGCUACAUCCUCCAACUCAAAGACCGACAUAACGGCAAUAUCCUAUGCGACAACGAAGGUCACGUCAUUCACAUCGAUUUCGGUUUCAUGCUCGGAAGCUCACCAGGCAACGUCGGCUUCGAAGCCGCCCCAUUCAAAUUCACCCAAGAAUACAUCGACAUACUCGAAGGCCCCACAAGCGAUGCCUACAAAAAGUUUGUACAGUGCAUGAAGAGCGCAUUCAAAGCAUUACGAAAGCGCGCAGAUGAUUUCGUUAGCAUGGUCGAGAUGAUGCAGAGGAAUUCGCAUAUGGCAUGUAUCAAUGGACCAGCGACGAGUGCUGCAUUGAGACAGAGGUUUGUGUUGCAUUUGUCGGAGGCGGAAGUUGAUGAUUUCGUGGAGGGAUUGGUUACGAAGUCGGCGAAUAGUGUGUGGUCGAGGUUGUAUGAUCAGUUCCAGUUUUUGUCGCAGGGAGUUUACUAGCAUUCUUAUACAAAGACUUCAAGAUUCCUACGAGUGUACAGGUU